AUGGGCCACAUCAGCACGCUCGCGGGCGUCGUCGCCCUGACGUCCCUUUUUGCCCACCAGGUUGCCGCUCAAUCCUGCCCCGGCGUUACCGGUCGGUUCCAGCCGAAGAUGGGCUCCGGAUACCGGUACAGCGUGCUCGCAACCGGCCUUCGCAACCCCCGGCACAUCGCGGUGGACUCGGCGGGCAACUUGUUGGUGACUGAGGGAGCGACCCAGGGCGUCAGACGGCUUGUCUUACAGGACCAGGGUGACAUUGUGUGCGUCCAGUCCAACACCCAAAUCAUCACCGGAUCGACAAACCACGGGAUUGCGCUCAGCGCCGAUGGCAAGACGCUCUUCACCUCCAACCUUGCGAGCGUGACGGCAUACUCCUAUGAUGCCAGCACCGGCCAGGUCGGACAAGGCAAGCAAAUCGUAACGGGAAUGGCCUUCCAGGGAACGCACCCGACCCGGGCCAUUGCCACGUCCAAAUGGAACCCCGACACAAUCCUGGUGGCGCGUGGAUCCCAGGCCAACAUCGACACCAGCACCACUAACCAGGAUUCCGCGCGUAGCAUGAUCAAGUCUUUCAGUAUUAGCCAGGGAACCCAGAGCGCCCACAACUACAACACGGCCGGCGAGGUUAUCGGCUGGGGCCUCCGCAACAUUGUCGGCAUGACCGAGGAUGCCAACUUUGGCGGCUUUUGGUCCGUCGAGAACCAGAUGGACGACGUGCGGCUCAACGGGCGUGACAUCCACAACGACAACCCGGCUGAGCGGCUGAGCUACCACGGGGUGCUCAACGCGACCGACAACCGAUACAAGGGCCUCAACUACGGCUACCCGUCGUGCGUCCCCGCGUGGGACCCCCAGGGCGUCGGCAUCAACGGCCUGCUGGUCGGCGGCCUGUUCAAGCCCGACAACGUGCCGAGCGUGAGCGCCGACGAGUGCGCCAACAACCGCAUGACCGGCCGCCUGCACUUCCACGCCCACACCGCCCCGCUCGACAUCAAGUUCAACCAGAACAGCACCGCCGCCUACAUUGCCUUCCACGGCAGCUGGAACCGCAACCCGGCCAACGGCUACCGCGUCAUGCGCGUCGACUUCAAGGACGGCCAGCCCGUCCAUCACGUCACCAGCACCACCGCCCAGAUCCCCGUCAUGGAGAACACCAACAUCGGCGCCUGCCCCAACAACUGCUUCCGCCCCGUGGGUCUUGACUUUGACGCCAAGGGCCGCCUGUUCGUGUCGAGUGACACGUCGGGGGAGAUAUACGUCAUCUAUGGUGCUUGA